GGGAGGCACGGACCCCCCGGCGCUCCGGGCCGCGGCUGGAGCCGGCCCAGCGGGGAGCCCCGGGGAGCCAGCGGCCGCCGAGCGCCUCAGAUGCGUCUGUCACACAACGCCGGCCGAGCUAUUUAAAGUAACGGGCCUCGCCGGACUUUGUCUCUGCCUAUUUAUGAGUCCCCGGGAGCUGGCCGGCGCCGCCGGGCAGCGCUAGGAGCCGCGCCGCAGCGCCAGCCCCGCGGGGACGCCAGCGCCGAGCCGGGGGCCGGGCCCGCCCGGAGCAUGACGGCCAUCGGGGCGCUCCUGCUCUGCUCCUGCCUGGGGCUGCUGCGGCCGGGCGCCGGGCAGCCCUUCCUGCGGCUGCGGCCCUCGCCCAGCGACAACCUGCCGGUGAAGGACAUCGUGGAGCACCCGGACCCCGAGUACGACCCGAAGGAGCAGGACCUGGACGAGCGGACUCUGCGCAAGAAGCUGGGCAGCCAUUUCGACCCCGGCUUCAUGGCCGUGGCCGUGCCGGGCCCCGCCAACGCCUCCGCGGGCGCCGAUGCGGCGGCGGGGCGGGCGCGGGCGGCGGAGCUGCGGCGGCUGGAGCGGGGCGGGCCGCGGCUGCGGGUGGGCAAGAAGGCGCGGCGGAAGGUGCUGCAGUGGCUCUGGGCGUACACCUACUGCCCCGUGCUCUACACCUGGAAGGACCUGGGCGUCCGCUUCUGGCCGCGCUACAUCAAGGAGGGCAACUGCUUCGCCGAGAAGUCCUGCUCGCUGCCCGAGGGCAUGUUCUGCAAGCCCGUCAAGUCGGUCACCAAGACGUUCCUGCGCUGGCACUGCCAGGGCUGGUCCAGCCAGAAGUACUGCACCUGGAUCCCCGUGCAGUACCCGCUCAUCUCCGAGUGCAAGUGCUCCUGCUAGCACGGCCCCGCGCUGCCCCGGCCCUCGCGCCGCUCUCUUUGCUCGCCUGGAUCUUCCCGGGGGGGUUCGUCCGCCCUCCCCCUCGGGG